GGUAAACGGUUCCAUUGCGGCUUGUUGGGUAGUAAUCCAGCAACGGAUGUCCAACUGUUUUUGAAGGACACGUGUGCCUCACCUGAGUUGAGGCGCCUUUGGGUGAAAAAUCCGGGCGAAUCCCCAUUGUGAUGUCGAAAUCUUCAGUGACUCGGGAGCUGCAAACGGAGCUGGAGCCAGAGCUUGUGCGCGGCGUGCCUUUGGACCUUUGCAUGAGUGGCUGGGCGAAGCAUUUCGUACCUCCUGAUCCUGGUAUGUUCAAAGUGGACCGUUCGAACUACGACCUCAGCAAGCAGACGCAAUACUAUGAUGAGUUCCUGAGCCAUGAUUGGGAGACAUCUCGAUGGUACAAAUUAUGUACCAUGCUGAUGAUCUACAACUCCCGAGCCGCAUUUUUUUGCUCUCUAGUUGUCAGCAUUGGUGUGGGCAUUUUGCGUGCAGCCAGGAUCCUCCCAAAUGCAUUGUGGGUUCAACUAAGUGUCUUCGCCGUGUUUCCUCUAGUGCUGUGCUUUUGGCAGCGGAUCCGGAGCAUUUUUGCCAAACCUGCCGUGGUCUUUCUUGACAAACUCUGCAUCGCGCAGCACGAUGAAGAGCUGAAGCAGAAGGGAAUCUUCGGAUUAGCCGGGUUCCUGGACCAUUCACGGCAGCUCACCAUCUUCUGGUCUCAUCGGUAUUUCAGUCGCCUUUGGUGUACCUAUGAGGUUGGCACAUUCCUGAGGGCAAAGAAGCAAAAACCAAUUUUGGUGAUACCUGUGAAGUUGGCAGUGAUUCUUUCUUUAUUCUCCGCCGCAGAGCUGGUGAUCAUGGUCGGAUACUUUUCGUCAGCUUAUUUGAACCUUGAUACCGAAGACACCCCGAACGACGUGGAGCAACUGCUAUCAUUCUUCUUAUUCUUCUCGCUAUUCUACAUGCCGGCCUUGCCUUUGCUCUUUUACCUUGGCAUAGGAAUGAUGUCGGAUCUGAAGGAAUUGCCCGGGCAGCUGCGAGAAUUCAGAGUUCAAGACGCGGAAUGUUUUUGUUGCUCGCACAAUCAUCGGCAUCCUGACACGGGUGAAGUUCUACUCUGUGACCGUGAGUUGAUGUUUCAAAUGUUGAAGAAGUGGUUUGGCAGAGCUGGGGACCUCCACGACGAGCACCUGGAGGUCUUCAAUCGGCUCGUCCACGAGGACCUGGCACCGCGAGUGCUUCGGAGUGUGGGGAGUGAUGUCUUGCCAUUCAACUACAGUAUGUACAUGGUCGUGGUUUGCACUUUACCAGGGCUAUGCACUUUGAUUCCCACAUUGGCGGCCGGACCACCAAACAGUUCCUUCAACGUCUUCCAACAUGGGGUUUGGGCCUUGCGCGAGAUCAUGAACUGGGCUUUUGCCGGCGUCAUAGUGCUGUAUGCUCUUCGCCUCAGUACGCGAGGCUGGCUUAUAGCAGUGCGGCUUGCAGGCCGCUGUUCUCGUCACCAUCAGUUGAUUUGUUCGUUGUUGAUGCCUAUGAUCCUGACCCUCACGUUGUCUAUUCAAUUUUUCUCCGUCCAGCUUGCUUUGCGCCACUCGGAACAAGACAGCUUGCUUCCGGCAAUCCCCUUCGUCACUUGGUCGCUUGCUCUCUAUUGUUUUUGGACCUUGACGCCAACGACAUCCAGCGGGACGGGCACAUCCUUUGUUGCGGACUCGCCAAUCUUCAAAGAAGAGCCUAGAAACAAAGGUGACAGGGCAGAUGGAAACAUAUUGAAGACUGCUUGCGACGACGAUGCAUUCUCCACAUUUUCGACUUAGAGAAGUCCCACUAUAAUUUUCCGGGCAGUCAGAUGUUGGCAUGUGGAGGUGUCCCAAAUUUGACUCCUCAAGUCACGGGCCAACGCCUUGCCCUAAGAAAUUCCCAGGGGACAUUGUACAGUGUAGGGCAACUCCGAACGCGCUUGGGUGGCGCACGCCGGGCAGGCC